AUGGAUGUCCAGCAACCAUCAGACGCGCCCGAGUCCUUGUCCUACGCUACCAUGAAGGAGGAGCUCCUUAGUGUUGAUCCAUAUCAAAGACUAGGAGUAAGUGUUGGGAGGCGCAUGAUGGCUACAGGUGCUACUGCCUUUGGCGUAGGCUUGUGUCUCGGAUUCUCCAAAGGCAACACCACGUCGGCCUAUCGUUUCCGUGCGGAGAACGCUCAUCGACAGCCUUUGACCUCAAUGGCGUGGUGGCAAUACCAUAAGACUCGGAGAUAUGUUGCUACCGUCGCAGGCAUGCGAGAGGGAUUUAGAAUGGGAUCCAGGUUAGGCGGCAGUGCCAUGGUCUUCACCGUCUUUGAGGAUAUCGUGGACAAUGCCCGACACGGCCAACGGGAUUUUCUGUCGACGGUUGUAGCAGGCUUGUCAUUCUCCGGCAUCUACAGCCUCUUAGCCCGUCAUGAUGUCUUCACUGCAGCCCGUACCGCCAAACUUGGUCUGAAAUUAGGCCUGACAUACGGACUGCUUCAAGACGGCCUUGCAUACUUGAAGGGUAACCCGCCCGCCUAUGUCAAAUUUAUCAUGGGCAAACCUCAAUCGAAGGCCGAGUGA